AUGAUGAACUUCGGCAAGCCUCUUACUCCUCAGCAAACCGCAGCUUACCUGCGUACGCUGCCCGCCAUCCGCGAGAGAUGUGGCAGGGUCCACGCCCUUGCCCAGAAAGGCGAGCUGCAAUAUUUCACAUAUGAUCCUGAGAAAGAGGAGGAUAUUGCGCAAUUCUGUGUAGACAUCAUCAAGCGUGAUUUUGGGACCAACUAUGCGUCGAUCCCGCCGCAUGGUCGCUGGCGGCACCUCGACGCAGGCCGCCCCCGCGUCGGCCCCCUCAUCGAGAAGUGGAAGGCCUCUGCCAACCCGCCCGAUCAGAAGGAGAUUACCAAGCGACUCAUUGACCUCUUUCUCGUCUCCGUGCUCCUGGAUGCUGGUGCCGGCAACACCUGGACUUACCAUGAGAAGCAGUCGGACAUGAAAUUCACGCGCUCUGAAGGGCUCGGCGUCGCCAGCAUUAACAUGUUUGAGGAGGGGUUCUUCUCAGGCGAUAGCAGCAACCCGCACAAAGUUGAUGCGGAGGGACUGGCGCGUAUUACGCCAGAGAUGGCUGCCUCUGCCAUGCAAGUGUCCUCGUCCAACCCAAUGGUGGGCAUCGACGGGCGGACAUCACUCCUGACCAAUCUCAGCAACGCGCUGAAAGCCAGCCCCAAGUUCUUCGGGGACGAUGCCAGGCCUGGAAAUCUCAUCGAUUUUCUCGAGUCCGGGUCCAUUGCAAACGGCUCAACGCGGCGCGUCCAUAUCUUCGCGCUGUGGACAGUCCUCAUUGAGGGCCUCGCGCCGAUAUGGCCGGCCACGCGGACGACGUUCGGAGGCGUUCCCCUCGGUGACGUCUGGCCGUGCGAUGCGCUCAAGCCUACCUCUUUGAAUGAGGGGGACGAGCUCGUGCCAUUCCACAAGUUGACGGGGUGGAUCACCUACAGUCUCGUCGAGCCGAUUCAGACCGUCCUCGGUUGGGACGUGGAAGGGUUGGAGCACAUGACGGGGCUGCCUGAGUAUCGCAACGGCGGCCUCCUCGUGGAUCUGGGGGUCCUCUCACUCCGGCCCGGCGCAAUUACCUCCUCGUUCUAUUCCGAUCCUGACACGGGCAUCGCGAAGCUGCCGCCCUCGCACCCCGCUAUUGUCGAGUGGAGGGCGAUGACAGUCAUUGAAUUGGACCGCAUAGCCGAUAAGAUUCGACAGAAGCUUGGCCUGACGGCGGAGCAACUUUCGCUGGCGCAGGUUUUGGAAAGCGCCACAUGGAAAGGUGGUCGGGAAAUUGCCAAACAGAAGCGACCGGCUUCGGGAGGGCCUCCCAUUGAUAUUGAGAGCGACGGCACGGUCUUUUAG